CGCGACGCCCCAACCCCUUCCUCUCCUCUACAUAAACACCACCGCCCCUGACCAUGCUCUCCCCUAGGGUUAGGGUUUCACCUCCCACCACCGCAAGCACGGGGAAGAGGACGAGGGGAAGGGGAAGGGAGUUAGGGCUUUGGGUUGAGGACGAUGAUGGAGUCCGGGGCUCCCCUCUGCAACGCGUGCGGAGAGCCCGUGGGGUUCGCGGCGAGCUCCGACGGGGAGCUCUUCGUGGCUUGCCAUGGCUGCAACUACCCGCUGUGCAGGACGUGUGUGGAUGAAGAGAUCAGAGAGGGGCGUUCGAGUUGCUUCAGGUGCGGGGAGCGCUAUAUGCAAGCCCUAGAUAAAGCUAGUAAAGCUGAUGUUAAUUCUGGGGGAAGACAAACAUUCGAAGGCCACCUAAAUGCUCACGAGGAUAAUGGACUUCAUGCUCGAAACUUAAGCACUCUCUCUGCAGUUGGAAGUGAAUUAAAUGAUGAGACGGGGAACCCAAUAUGGAAGAAUCGAGUGGAUAGUUGGAAGGACAAGAAGAAUGUAAAGAAAGCUACAAAGAAGGCUGAAAUGGCUCAAAUUCCAGUAGAGCAGCAAAUGGAAGAAAAAGAGCCGUCUGAAGCUUGGCAACCACUUUCGACAAUCAUUCCCAUCUCACCUAAUAAGCUCACGCCGUAUAGGACUGUAAUCAUAAUGAGAUUAAUUAUCCUUGGGCUAUUCUUUCAUUAUCGAAUUACCAAUCCUGUUGACAGCGCUUACGGUCUGUGGCUGACCUCGAUCAUCUGUGAGAUCUGGUUUGCAAUCUCUUGGGUGUUGGAUCAAUUUCCCAAAUGGUCACCUAUCAAUAGGGAGACAUAUAUUGACAGAUUAUCUGCAAGAUACGAGAAAGACGCUGAAGGUAAUGAACUUGCUGCUGUGGACUUCUUUGUCAGUACUGUGGAUCCCCUAAAAGAACCACCGCUGGUUACUGCAAACACUGUCCUUUCAAUCCUCGCUGUGGAUUAUCCUGUUAAUAAAGUUUCUUGUUACGUAUCUGAUGACGGUUCUGCUAUGCUUACUUUUGAGACGCUUGCUGAAACUGCGGAAUUCGCUAGGAAGUGGGUUCCAUUCUGUAAAAAGUACUCAAUUGAACCACGAGCACCUGAGUUUUACUUUUCACAAAAAAUUGACUACUUGAAGGACAAAGUGCAGCCGUCUUUUGUUAAAGAACGCAGAGCUAUGAAGAGAGACUAUGAGGAGUACAAGGUGAGGAUAAAUGCCUUAGUUUCUAAGGCCCAGAAAACACCAGAGGAAGGAUGGGUUAUGCAAGAUGGAACACCAUGGCCAGGGAAUAAUCCACGUGACCACCCCUGCAUGAUUCAGGUUUUUCUUGGUCAUAGUGGUGCUCAUGACAUGGAAGGAAAUGAACUUCCCCGACUAGUGUAUGUUUCAAGAGAGAAAAGGCCCGGAUAUCAGCACCACAAGAAGGCUGGUGCCAUGAAUGCAUUGGUUCGUGUAUCUGCAAUUCUCACAAACGCUCCAUACUUUCUUAACCUUGAUUGCGAUCACUACAUCAAUAACAGUAAAGCAGUACGCGAAGCGAUGUGUUUCAUGAUGGAUCCUGAAGUAGGUAGAGAUGUCUGUUAUGUCCAGUUCCCUCAGAGGUUUGAUGGUAUAGAUCGCAGUGAUCGAUAUGCUAAUAGGAACAUUGUCUUCUUUGACGUUAACAUGAAAGGACUCGACGGCAUCCAAGGGCCUGUUUAUGUGGGAACUGGUUGUGUUUUUAAUAGGCAAGCACUCUAUGGUUACGGACCACCAUCUUUGCCAGCUGUUCCAAAGUCUUCCUUUUGUUCAUGGUGCUGCAGCUGUUGCUGCUGCUGUGGGGGCUCCAAGAAAGUUCAAAAAGAUCAGAAUGACAUUUAUAGGGAAUCUAGACGAGAAGAUCUUGAUGCUGCUAUAUUUAACCUACGAGAAAUUGACAAUUAUGAUGAAUAUGAGAGGUCCAUGCUAAUCUCUCAGGCGAGCUUCGAAAAGACUUUUGGGUUGUCCUCAGUGUUCAUUGAAUCUACUCUAAUGGAGAAUGGAGGGAUGCCCGAGUCUGCAAAUCCAGCAACACUGAUUAAUGAAGCUAUUCACGUAAUUAGUUGUGGGUACGAAGAGAAAACCGAAUGGGGGAAAGAGAUUGGCUGGAUAUACGGAUCUGUAACUGAAGAUAUAUUAACUGGAUUCAAAAUGCACUGCCGCGGGUGGAGAUCGAUAUACUGCAUGCCAACAAGGCCUGCUUUUAAAGGAUCGGCACCUAUCAACCUCUCAGAUCGGUUGCAUCAGGUCCUUCGCUGGGCUCUUGGUUCUGUCGAAAUAUUUCUGAGUCGGCAUUGCCCCCUUUGGUACGGCUUUGGAGGUGGCCGUCUGAAAUGGCUCCAAAGAUUAGCCUACAUUAACACCAUCGUCUAUCCCUUCACCUCCCUCCCUCUUGUUGCAUACUGUACCUUGCCUGCCAUAUGCUUGCUGACAGGAAAGUUCAUCAUCCCGACGCUAUCCAACCUCGCAAGCGUGUGGUUCCUUGGCCUUUUCAUCUCGAUCAUCCUCACAAGCGUUCUCGAGCUGCGGUGGAGUGGUGUCGGGAUCGAGGAUUGGUGGAGGAACGAGCAAUUCUGGGUGAUCGGUGGCGUCUCUGCCCAUCUAUUCGCCGUCUUCCAAGGCAUACUCAAGAUGGUUGCCGGCCUGGACACAAAUUUCACCGUCACAGCGAAAGCCUCCGACGAUGCCGAAUUUGGUGAGCUUUAUGUUUUCAAGUGGACCACAGUGCUGAUCCCCCCGACGACCAUUCUCGUCGUCAACCUAGUAGGGGUGGUCGCUGGAUUCUCCGAUGCGCUAAACAGUGGGUACGAAACAUGGGGCCCGCUCUUUGGGAAAGUGUUCUUCGCGCUGUGGGUGAUACUUCAUCUCUAUCCCUUCCUCAAGGGUCUCAUGGGGAGGCAGAAUCGUACUCCGACCGUCGUCGUGCUUUGGUCUGUGUUGCUCGCCUCCGUCUUUUCGCUGCUGUGGGUGAAGAUCGAUCCAUUCUUAAGCAAUUCAGAUAGUAGCGGAACUGAGGGCUGCAUGUCCAUUGACUGUUGAGCUUCAUUUUCAAUGGAUAUGAACUUGCUCGAGUAGACCUGCAUAAUAUGAUUUCUCCUUUUCUUUUUUUUUUUCUAAUUCUUAUUUUGGGCGUUUUUGAGUGAGCAGCAAUUGAACACCAAAGUGAUGAUCAGCUUAUUCUUAUCAGAAACUGUAUUUAGUCUGGGUUAUGUGGUUUCUAUUUCGCAUGUUUCAAUCCUUUUACAAGUUUAUUGUUGAAGGUUCGAAUACGACAUGUAAAUUGUUUGUAAGCAUUGGAAUGAUUACGCAAGGAUCAAACUUCCUUUUAGUAA